AUGUCUGAUAUUAAAAGUCCUUGUUUAAGAGAAAGUGAUUCUUCAAACCGUUCUCAAGACAUGAAAAUCGCCGCUAAAUCUGAGGAUCUUCCUCAAUCAACAAAUCUAUUAUCUCUUCACAACAUUUGUAAUAUCAUGCAUUCGCAAUCAUCACCUUCUUUAUCACCUCAAUGGUUCGACCCUUCUCCUAUUCAACCUUCUUCUCCAAGCGAAAACUUAAAAGAUCAUAGAGAUCCUCUUGAUGACGCUCCUAAAUUUAACGAACCUUCCACUACUGAAAUGAUCAAUUCUACUGAUUAUAUGAAUCCUAAAUCUCAAGAUAUCGUUCGUGACAAUGAUCAUCAUCAAGAUAUUAUUCAUAGUAAUGAAGGUCGCAUAAUUGGUAUCCAUGAUCUUGCUGACCUUGCAAUUAACCUUAACCCAAGAUCAAUUGAGAAUGAUACCCAAUCUGAUAUAGGUUCUAGAUAUCCGACAACUUCUUAUGUCACAACAAAAUCGGUUUAUAAUCCUUUAAUUCAUUCUCAAGGUCAACCUGUUGAACGUCAAAAAAAUUGA